UCACAUGAUCAAAACAAAAAAAAUGGCUGAAGCUGUCAGACCGAAACAUCGAAAGCAAACUAAGAUUAAAAAAGUGAAGCCAGUAACAAAAAGUAGAGAGAUUUCCCCCAUAAAUGAUCCACUAUCCGAGAUUCAGGCAGAUAAAGAAGACAUUUUAGUUAUCAGUUCUGACAUAACCGAGGACAGCUUUAAAGACACAAACCUGCCUGACCUGUUAUUGGAAAGGAACACCCUGAAAGAAGAUGUUAUUGUUAAACUUAAGGAUGGUUCAUCUGAAGUUUCUAGUGAGAUACAGUCAGAACUAGGAGGCUUGACUAGUGAGCAUCAAGCUCCUAGUAAGACUCAGCCAGCACUGAAAGAAGAUGUUAUUGUUAAACUUAAGGAUGAGUCAUCUGAAGUUUCUAGUGAUAAACAAUCAGAAAUAGGAAGCUUGACUAGUGAGCAUCAAGCUCCUAGUAAGACUCAGCCAGCUUGCUUGGAAAAUGAAAAUCAAAAUGUGAAUUCAAAAGGUAUUGAAAAAUGUGUAGCAUCAGAACCCCAUAAUUUGCCCCAGAGACCACAAAAUUUGCCAUCAUUGAUGUUAUCUUCUAAACAACAGUUUCCAGAGUUAAGUACCGGAAGUGGGGCAAGUUUACAAGACAUUUCAUCUAGUAAGAAUACGUUUUCAGAGCAUCAAAAUGGGAAGCCAUCUAUCCGAACUUCAAUGGAGUUACCAUCUCCUGCUGUUGUUGAGGAUCCUAAUACACCAAUGUCUCGAACAGUUUCUCCAUCCACUCCAAAGAUUGUCAAAGAGAAAACAUCUCCCACUGUACCUGCAAUUAUACUGGAAGAGAAAAGCCCAAAUUUACUUGCCCAGGAAGCAAUAGCAAGAAUGAAAAACUUGAAUAUUGUUAGUAGUUCAGCUUCCGAAGUUACCAGCAGUCCUGUUCUCCAACAAACAGGCUCUAGUUCCUGCCAUAAGUCAGAAAGUAUAGCUAGUCAGCAGGCUCAGUUUAACCUCCUAAGCAGUAGAACACAGACAAUGUCACCACAACAUAUCUAUCCAAUACAUCAACUGGAGCAAACAAAGGAAAUCACUAAAACACCUAUGUCUCUGACAGAUCUCCUAUCAUUGUACUAUAACCCAGAGCUGGCAACUAAUGAAAGAUUUGUGGAAGAGUUCACUCAGAAAGAGAUCAAGAAAGAGAACCAUGAGUUCUAUGAGAUUGUGUCCAACUAUAAUCGAGCCAGAAGGCAACUACUUAGUGUGGAAGAAGAUAUUAAAACACUGCAAAAGAAUUACACAGCUCUACAAAAGGAAGUUUGGAUCACUCAUGUGAAAUCUUUGUCAGUGCAGGGAACCUGUGCAGACCAGGCCAGAGUCUAUGCAACACACACCUAUGAGCAGUGUGAGCUCAUUGCAGAUAACUUGUCGAAAAUUGGGUCAACGCUGGAGAACAUCCGUUUACAAAUUUGUGAUAACCUUUCUCUCUUCGCGUACACAUCUCAAAUAUCAAAACUCCAAGUUGAGUCUUACAUUCACAAUCUGUACUUGUCCUGCCCAACUUUUCGUGAUAUGGCGAAAAACAUGCCCAUACCAGCUCGCCAUGAUGCUCCAUUUGCUGAGCAACAUGAUAUCCAGCGGAUUAAAGAUUGUAUAAGUGUCCUUUUUGUAUUUCACCGCAAGCCAAUAUUUGAUACUGAGUUUGUUACAAACAUAAGACAGUGGACUGUGCGUCUGAUAUCAUCUCUGCUACGAGUGGCCUCCUUCUCUGAUCAUUUAUUUGUUCUCAACCAUCUUUUGCGAUGCCCAUCUGGUGUGGGGAAGUGGUCAGCAGAGUUGGUCCAAUGCCCCAGGUUUCAAGGGAAUCCAACCCAGUAUCAGUCCAACUUCAGCUGUCCCAUGCUGAAUCAUACAAUCACAGCUAUGGCCACAGUAUUGUUACCUGUUAAAGCAAGAGAGGAAUUCAUGCAUCAGAUGCAGAUGAAUCUUAAUGAACAAAGUGGAUCAGAUGACAGGGCGUGGAUACUGGUUGAUUCUGAUGGAGAAGAGGAUGAGGAUCCAUCAAACUCUUGGCUCUACCUUCAUGAAAAUGAUAUUGUAGCUUUCCUAAGACAGUUUCCACUGGCAGAUAUUUUCAGUUACAUUUUAUUAUCUUCAAUAACAGAAACAGGUGCUGUAGACUAUGACAUUCGUAGAAGUACAGAACCUAUGAUGUUACGGUUGUUUGCUUUCACCACUACACUGAUUCAACUGUUAGGUACAGGUCUAGUCACUUACAGCAUGGCUCGCUACCGACAACUGAACAAACGACUAGGCAGGCUCAUUAGACAAGCUAUUUCAUUUGUUUCUGACCACUGGCUGAAUUUCAAAACCUAUUAUGGUCCAUUAUCUCCUGCCAGUAUGCAGAAUCUACAGAUUGAGUUUGAUCAAUUGUUUAUGCGAGCCACAUAUAGCAUCUUAAAAGCUCAAAGAGAUGCAAGACCAGCUUUGUUAGGCUCCUGGCAGUUUAUGGCAGACAUGCCCUACACUUGUGUCUCUAUGGACAGUAUGUGGCAGUUACUCUGGGUACUACACCAAGGGGAAGGAAUCAGUGUUGAUAUGUUACCUCCUGUUGAAACCUGUAAAACAUAUUUGAAAAAUUCUGACAGUUGGCAGCAGCUUGCUGAUAAUUUAAUGCACAUGCCGACAUCAGAAGCCAUUUAUUUACUGACAACUUUUGCCAAUAUGGCAGUGUGUAGGUCUUCAGAAGAAGAAGUCUUCAUUCAUUUGAUUACACUUGAAGUAUUUGAGAUUGCCUACAUUUGCAAUCAUACCAGAGAAUUCUGCAAUAAAGUUGGCAGGGAGCUGCUGUCUAGCAUUAUACUCACACAUCCUACUGCUCUCUCCUUCCUGCUUACUAGGGUCAAAGAGGUCAUGGACAAGCUUGGAAAGAUGGCACUCUACUUAUUUUCUGAGCUCCCCGUCAGCAUCUGGCAACCCACAGAUCCAGACAUUCUAACACUGCGUCAGUGGCUCCUUAAUCAUGAGCUGAUCUCUAAUGAGAACCAGCUUGCUCAGAUCAUACUAGCCAAGAUAAACUGGGAUGUCUUUGAAGAGACUGGGAAACUUGUUGUUGACAUUCGUAUCCACCGCCAGAUUGCACUUUUGUUAGUGGAGGCAUACUCAAAGUUCAUAUCUGAUAAAAAAGCUGGGUUUUUUAUUCUAGAAGGCAUGAAAUAUAUGUCAUCCUACUUGUCCUAUGUGACUUCAAAUCUCAGCCCAGAGCAAAAGUUUAACAACUGGGUUUGGAAUGUGGCACUGAGACUGAAACUUCAUCAACAUUCUGUCACUCUACAUUCAUCUGGUGCUCUUGAUUUGAACUUUAACCCUCCAACAUUAGGUGGUGACACUUGGCUUACUCCCUUACACAGAGCUACUUCCAGUAAGAUUCCUAUUGCCUGUUUUGUGACUCUAACCAUGACCAAUAUUGGACACAACAUCACCAACUUUAUCUCAGAAGGCUUGGACUUGUUGGGUGUCCUAACUGCUAACUAUCAGUACACCACUGCAGUGCAUAUACUGGGAUGUGUAGUGCCACUGUUUACAGACAGUCAGCAUUACCUGCUGGAGAAUUCAAGUUUUUGCCAGAUCUUACAAACUUUACUUGGCGCAGAUGAAUCAUUGCUCAAAUCAACCAAAGCGGCCAUCAUGACUGUAGAGUUUCCUGGUUUAGUGACACAACAACUAUCACAAAUGAUUCAGGCACAGGUUACCAGCCAUCUUGUACACAAUAAAGCUGACCUGUAUAUUUUAUUCUGGUUAAAGGCAAUCUUUAAAGUGUGCAAAUAUUUCACUGACAGGAACAGCUGUUAUAUUGCUGAUACUUUAAUAAGAUGGAGUUUUGUCAAGAAGGGAGUUCUAGAUCUGAUAACAGACAUUUUUAAAGAAAAUUAUAAGAAAUUUUGUGUCGCAGUGAAAAACAGGCAAGGUCUAGUGACUUCCAUGUUUAGUUGGAUUGCCAAUGCCAACACCCUGCCAACUUUUAUGGAAGGUGCCUCAAUGCCAGAGUUUUCUUGGCUGGCUUACAUGAUCCUGAGCAUAGAAGGAGAGUAUGAGGUGAACACAAGUCUUUGGCAGACGCUCAUCAUGGAGUUACAUGCCCCUAACCGUCCCACUGUGGAGAACGCAUUGAAAGCUGCAGUCUUGAGGCUUCAGCUUGACCAGUCACCGUCAGUGGCUAGACUGACAAUCUACAGAUGGGCUCAUCAAGCCCUAGACACUCCACCUGACCAUCCUUUACUUCCCAUUAUGUGGCAGAGAUUUUUUGCUCUUUUCCUGGGACGCCAAGUGUUUGAGUCAAAUAUUUCUCAGAGAGCCAGUGUUGGGGAACGUUUCUUUAGCAAUACCUUUUACAACAGCUUGCUGAAGAAGAUGAGGAAGUGUUUGUCUGACACGUCUGCCUUCCAUCUCAACUACGACCCAGCAGCUGAUGCUUCCAAGAGAAAGAAGAGCAGUCAUUCUAGUUACACUACUCCACCUUCCUCUCCAAGGACACCUGUUGAUUGUGAUGUAUUUGAUGGCACUGCUGCCAGUGCCCCUAGUCAAGAUGAAAGUUUUGAGUAUACAAGCUCUAAGGAGUUUCAUGUCAUGUUGGCCAGGUUAUACCAGAUGUACAAGCUGUGGCUGGAAGAACCUAGACUCCAUGAUGGAAACUUAUACCUUCCUGCACUACCACCACAGUAUGAGUCAGCCAGACUAAACCAAGUAUUUCAAGGCUUUAUGACACCAUGGCUGGAGUUUGUGGACUUGGAAGGUAUUCAAUACAACCUGAGCUGUAUGGCUUCUGACUGGAAGAAACAUUUAACAUCUGCCAAAGCACAUUUGCCCAAAACACACAUGCUUUCUUCCAAUGAACCUAAAAAUGCUACAGAAAGAAUUUUGAGAAGGCUGAGAAGGUUUGAUCCUCCUAAAGAUCCACCACCUGUACCUACUAUACAAAGUGCUGUCCCUUUAAUAAACCCAACUCUUGUUGAUGAUAAAACUUCUUUUAUCACCAUGGUUCAGGCAGACCAGCAAGUGUUCAUAUUUUUUACAAAGGAUUUCUCUGAUCGUCAUGCCCAUCACUGUGCCUUGGAUUUCAACUACCUUGAACUGUUGCCAAAUUUAUAUUCCAACAUUAAAAAAACUACAACUGUGCUAGCUGAGUGUAAAAGUAAAGUGAAUCCUCUACACAAGUGUUCUAAUCCUGCUAUCAUUCCAAUCUCAAUUGAAGUGAAACACUUGAAUGAGAUGGUGCAGAGACGUCUGGAGGAGAACAGAGCAGAGUAUCAACAAGUUUUGAUUCAAUCCUUCCUCCCCCCUGCCCCAAAUGUUUGUAUUGCUGCUGUCCACACAGAGAAUGCCAUCACAAUGCUAAUUAAACAAAAUCAAGCUUGUACUGACGAAGCUCGUCUUCAAAAUUUAAAUGCCAUUGGUUGCAGUAUUUUUUAUUCCAUGGUCAACUCUGUUUGUGACCAGACAGACUUCUACCCUCCUGCCAGACAAUUUUUUGCUUCCUGUAUUGAAGUCUUGGGCAGAGAGUUUAUCAGUCGUGACCAAAAUCAAACUCACAUUGUGCUCCAGUUGUGCCUUGAAAAGCCGUCAGUGUCUGGACUGGUCUCCCCUCACUUUAUACCCAACAAUUGUCCUGAAAGUUUAUUAGAUAUGUAUCAACAGCUUCUGCAAGUCUUGCAGUCACAAAACUUGGACUUGGUGUUUGCUCUUCUCACUAAGUUCAACAUACAACAAUGGUUGAAAGAAAGUUCUCCAAGUGAAAUUUCUAGAAAGAGAUUUAUUGAGGUCUUAGGUUCAGCCAUGAUGUCAUGUGGAGCUGAGUUGAAUGCCAAAACAAAACUGGUCUUUGGGAUGUAUUUAUCUCAUCUUGCUGCAACCAUUGAGAGUAACUUCCCCUCAAAUCUCUAUUUUGCAUUUAACAUGAUCCUACAAGGCUCAGCAACAGAACAACUCAACUCUAAAGUCUGGGAAACUUUGCUCAAGUCUUGUUUUACUGAUCAGCUGCUGGUUACUGAGUCAGUGACCAACUCUCAAACAUUUGACCCUUCUGUUGUGAAAGCUUGUGUUGAUUCAACUCUAUCAACCAUUCAGGUCAAAGAAUUAUUGGACUGGAUCAGUUCAUUCUUUAUGCAUGCUAGAAUCAAUGAUACCAACUGUUUGACCUUUGGCCUUUACAACCGUUGGGGAAUGUAUGUUCCAUAUAUCAGUUUGAUGAUUGGUGCCCUUAGCCGCUGUUUAGUAACAAAAAUCAUAAAAAGUUCAAAGAGCUUGACACCUUAUCAGAUCAUGGAGUUUAUCUGGCAACCAUUGGUAGCAGUUAUCUCCCCAUGGCUCCAGCCUCUCCUUCAAGCAGAUGGCACCUUUGCAUUGCCUUGGAUGGAAGCUGAUGAUGUGCUAGCUGUCCAUUUGAUUUCCUCCUUUUACAACACAGUUCUGUACAUCUACCAGAUGAUGAAUUCCUAUGAAGCAGGAAGUGGCAGUGGAGUCAUGUCCCUUCUUGUGAUGUACUAUAUGACAGCCUUGUGUACAAAGACAACCAAAUCUCAUGUAAUUCAUCUCCUUGUCACUGAAUCAAAGAUAUUGCCCUGGAAAGAACUACGCCCAGAUCUUCAGCUCUUAGAAGCAAUGAUACGUGUCAAGGAAGUUGCUUCCCCUUGUUGCUUUGCUUUCAUUGGCUACAUUAUACCCCAAGUUCAAUGGCAAGAGAUUAUUGACUACUCCAAAUCACAGCUUCACCCAGAAGUUGCAUGUCGUAUGCAGACAGGUGUGGCCAUAUUACUCAUGCAGUCCUAUAUAGACACGGAGAUGGCAGAGAAUGAGCCCAUUAGUGAGCUCCUCUUGGCUGGGGAGAAGUUUGAUUGGUCAUUGAUCAACAGGGAAGGCUUCUCCUGUGUAUGUCAAUGGUUUCUGCAACUUUGUGAUCCCAAGUGUGUGCUAGGGGAAUGGUCAUCUAGGCCAGCACUUGGACUCAGACUGUUAAAACAGAUGGCUGGGUUCCAUACCAAUGUCCAGUGGACUGAGGUGGUGUCAGUGAAGAGAGAGAUCUAUCUACACUGUGUGUCCCAACAAAUUUGUCAUGCCACGUACCUGGCUGGAAUUAAAAUUGAUGCUGUUUGCACUGUUCUCAUCAAUUUGUUAUCUGAAAUAGAAGCCAUAGAAACCUCAGUGCCAACAGUUGGACAUCAAGAAGAGGAGUCCAGUAAACUACUGAAAGAAAUCUUCAGCCUACUUAACAAUAGUAACCCAGAGGGCUCAUGGUUGGAGUCUAUGCUGUCAGAGUUAACAGGCUGGUUAAAGUCUUCACCACAGAGUAUUAUGUUAGUUCCUAGCAUUAAGGCUGCAUCAAGGUCACUGGCCUCCCUGCGACACAUGUGCACUGUUCUUGAAGCUGGAGUGGAAGCCUAUUUUGAUGGAUAUGACCAGUCCAGUGAAGGCCUUCAAGGUUGGCCCUUUGUCCUAACAGUAUACCAGGUGCCAGAACUGAACCAAGCUGGUUAUGUACAAGAUGCUCUGUCCGUGAAUGCUUUCCUGGUUCUGUUUGCCUACCUGCAACACAAACUUCCAUUUUGUCAAAAGUUGUCAGAUGAACUUGUCAUCAUGGAAGAGAUAUUGGAUUGGUCCUCAAAGUGCCAGGCACAGGCAAAAGAUGAAGCUAAAAUAAUCCUCUGGUGGCAUCUUUUGCUGCGUCUAAUUGUACGACAGUUAGAAUUCUCUAUCUCUCCUAUUACUGGAACCAUUAAUAUUGUCAGCAGAUUUAUUAACUAUUUGAACGAAAUAGCACAAGAAAGGACAGGUAAAGGUCUGUUGGGUGCUAUAGGAUUAGGUCAGAGAUCAGCACUUUCACAAAGCAUGCGUUUAGUGGCCAAGAGUUUAGCAAUAUUUCUAGCAAGUCAGGUCAUCAGUUCAGAGGUUAUACGGACCAAUCCUACAUCUCGUCCCUCUAGCAAUGUAAAUGUCAGUGAUCUUCGAACAUUACGUAAAAAUAAAUCUUAUGCCCACUUGUCAGGAACUAUUGAUCACAUUCUUAGUUUUGUUCAGAAUGCAGAUAACACCAUGAAAGAUGUGCUCCCCUUGUUUGGUCAAAUUGUCACAGAUUUAUAUUCAGACAAGCGAUAUUUGUAUGAGGUUAUGGAGGUCAACACUCGUUAAAUCAGACUUUGAAACAUGGAGAGUAUUUAAAUAAGCUAAUUCAUUUUAUAUGAUCUUAUAGUUUGCCAGCACCAUAGAGGAUCUAUUUGUGAACAGUUCCAAAUACCUUAUGUGAUUGAAAUGUAUCUAGUAUCAACUUUAUAUUACAAAUUGUUCAUAGAUUUUACUUUUUUUUUUUAAAUCAUAAAUGUAUGCCAAGGCGUACAAUUGAUCAGUAAUUCUAAAGUGACUUUGUAAAUAAUUUAAAUGAAAGUUAUGAGGAAAUGACCAUUAUUUCUUGCCAUUAUUUUAUUGGCUAAAUAAUUGACUUCCCUUAGUGUUGUUCAAACGACUUAUCUCCCCUGACAUUGGCUUUCCAGUCAGGAGUCACAAUGCUAAGAUUUGAAAUCUGGUCCUAUUUCUGAUUGUUCCUUGAGAGCAGAAAAGUCACAUGAAACAAAAUAUCUUUAAAUAAGUUUCAUUGAUAAAAUCUACAUCAAAUUUAGAUAAAGAUGUAAAUGCAAAUAGUUACGAAUGAACGGUUCAUUUGAUUAAGUACAGAUGUUGAAUUGUAUAGUGAAUACCACCAAGAUCUUAGCACUUUGUUGAUCAUUAGCUUCAGAGAUUUACUUGGCCAGUUCAUUGCUGUGUUAUUGUACAAUGAUAGCCCUUGCCCAACAGUUGUACUGAAGUAUAAACUUGGUCUAUUCAAAGGAGUGCUAACCAAAAAUGUUUCUUUAGUUCUGUUGCUCUGGGACUCGAACUUCAUUCAGCUAUAGUUAUAAGUAAAUGAAUGCUAUAUUUUGUGUGUAUAUAUAUACACACCUACCUACCUGUACACCUUGAAUUUUUUUUCAUUUAGAAAUUGUCCUUGGGAAGUGUUUCUGGACUGAAUCAUAUUUCACAUUCCAUUAAUUGCAGGCCUACGUUCUUUACUGUUACUAAAAACUAAUGUUUUCACUCAUUUACUUUGUGUAAAUUAAUUGUGUGUUCUUGAUAUUGGAAUGGUUCUUUGAAAUCCUACAGUAAUUGCUGUGAUUUUGCAGUUUUAUGUAUCAUUAUAUCUUAAACACAAUUUUGUGUUGUUUUUUUUUCUCAUUGAUUGAAAUUAAUCAUGAAUUAAAUCUGAUACAGAAUUUUGUUUUUGUUUUAAAAGUACCAUCAUGAAACACAUAACCAGUCCUGUUCUCCCUUUCCAUUGAUUCUUUUUAUUUGUUCCCCUUCCCCCAAACAUUCAAACCAGCUUCUUGCUGCAAUAAGCUCAUUUCUGAAGCCUGCCAUUCUGGUGCUUAAGGCAUUAUUGUGAUUUAGUAAUACCUUGAACAGAGCUUCAGACUACUGCCAUUCAUCUAUUUGAUGCAUAUUGACAUCAGAACAUCAUUGUUAGAUUUUUUUUGUGUGUACAUAAAAUAUUUAAUAAAUUAACUAUCCACAAUAUACCAGUGAUGUUGUACAUGAUUCAAAACAGUUCACUAUUAUAAACUGCCAAAUAAACACUGCAUUGCUAUGCAUUAACUUUCAGUUUCUAUUGGACAUGACCAUAUUGUUUGUUGUUGUAUCAACAUGAACAACUCACUUAAAGAUGAUCACCUCUUAGUUUUCAGUGUUUCUAAGUAAUCAUUGGAUCUUUCAUCAGAUAAAAGAUGAAUAAAACAAAAAUUUGAAUCAUUUAAUUAAAUCAUUGCUAUACUAACGUU